AUGUCCUCCUCCGCACCACCCGUUCUCCCCGUCGCCAACAUCCCUCCUCCGCCACCUGGAUCCACCGUCGCUUCCACCGGAUCUGACGCUCCUGCCAACUCCCCAGCCGUCCGUGUCCUCCUCAACAACCUCUCCGAGUCUCUCCGCCACGGUCUCGCCUUGCGCCGCCCGUGGACGGAACUCGUUGACAGAUCCGCCUUCUCAAAGCCUGAAUCCUUCUCCGAAGCGACUCUCCGUGUCCGCAAAAAUUACUCAUACUUCCGCGUCAAUUACUACGCCAUUGUUGCGGGGAUCCUCGCCGUGUCUCUCCUGACGAAUCCGUUCUCUCUCAUUCUCCUCGUCGGCCUCCUUGCUUCCUGGACGUUUCUUUACCUCUUCCGUCCCUCCGAUCGGCCUCUCGUUAUCCUCGGUCGCACUUACACUGAUUUCGAAACCCUAGCGAUUCUCUCUGGACUCACUGUUAUCGUUGUGUUUCUCACCAGCGUUGGUUCUGUUCUCGUCUCUGCUUUAAUGCUUGGCGUUGCUGUUGUUUGUAUCCAUGGAGCAUUCCGCGCACCGGAGGAUCUUUUCCUUGAUGAGCAGGAUAACUCUCAGGCUAUCGGAUUCCUCUCAUUCCUCCGCGCUCCUGCUGCAGUCGCUGUUCCUUCCGUUGCAGGACGCGUUUGA